AUGCGCUACGUAGGUUUCCGUUGGGUGGCUAUAGUCGUAUUGCUGUCUCUAUAUUAUUCUGAAGCUGCAGACGUCAAAAAUCCAAGACUACGUGGUGUUCCCAAAUCAAAACGCGACUUAUACCGACAAGCCGGGCCAAACAACUCUUGGAAAUGCCUGAAUGGCAUAGGAAUCAUCAGCUAUGAUGCGGUGAACGAUGACUACUGUGACUGCAGUGACGGGUCUGAUGAACCUGGAACUUCAGCUUGUGAAUAUACCUUCUUCACCUGUAAAAACCACCACCACAGACCGGCACGUAUAAAAAGCUCCAGUGUCAACGAUGGCGUCUGUGACCCAGAUUGCUGUGAUGGUUCCGAUGAGUCUACUUCGGGAGUUACAUGUCCGAAUCAAUGUAAAGAAGCUGCUAUUGAAGCAGCGCUGGCACAAGUCGCUGAAACUCGUGAACUUGCAGAGGGUCUGAAGAUUAAGGAGCGUGAAUAUACUCGAUACAAUCAAAUAAAGCUAGAUGAGCUAAGAGGGAAACUAGACGACGAGUAUAAGAAGGAUCCGGUAAGUCGUCCAGAUAUCGAAAAGAUUAGUGAUGAGAUAGACAAGAUGGAAAAACGGGGUGGGGAUGAAAAGUAUGGUGUUGGAAGUGUGUUUGAAAAGUAUCAGGAUCAUUGGCUGAUUCUAGACACAGUCGAGUAUACUUAUGAGCUAGUCGUUUUUGCUGACCUGACGCAGAUUCGAAAGGACACUAAUUCGAGAACAAAGCUGGGAACCUUCAAGUCAUGGUUAACACCAAACUCCAUCACGUACGAUAGUGGUGACUUUUGUAACGGUGUAGCACGGACCGCCAAAGUCAUCUUCUCAUGUGGACCCGUGGAGACUUUCAAAGAUAUCAAGGAGCCCGCAACCUGCUACUAUGAGGCAUUCGUCACUACGCCAGCCGCAUGUGAAAAGCAAGCGCAGCACGAAAAAGACGAACUAUAA